AUGACAGGUCCAGUGCAGGAUUCACAAAGGCUUAGUGUGAAAACAUGGACAGAGGACGAGAGUGACCAAGCUGACAGCCCACUCAGCAGGAUAGUUGGUAUGGUCAUCACUCUUAGAGAAUGGGCUCACAAGAGCAUGGCUGAUGAGACGGAGCGACCAGAUUCCUUCUUGGAGCGUUUCAGAGGUCCAGCCCAGACGGACAUUCAGUCCCCACCCAGCAGAUACAGCCACAGCCACACUGGUUCGGAUGCGGAUAAUGUCACCAGACACACGUAUGAAAACCAAAAUUCCAAGAGAAGGAGGUGUAAUAUCAUGGUCUUAUCUCCGUCUGAUGAUGCUUACUACUACUGGCUGACCGUGAUUGGUGCUGCUGUCUUUUACAACUGGACCGUAUUAGUUGUCAGGGCCUGUUUUGAUGAGCUUCAGAUGAGGAACCUGUUAGUGUGGAUGGUGCUGGACUAUGUCUGUGAUGGCGUCUAUAUCCUGGAUAUUGCUGUUCGCCUCCAUACAGGUUUUUUGGAUCAAGGCUUGAUGGUGAAAGACGUGCGCCGCCUGAGAGAGACCUACGUUCGAACCUCACAGUGUAAAUUUGACAUCUGUUCCAUCCUUCCAACCGACCUGCUGUACCUGACUGUUGGAAUCAGCUACACUCCUCUUCUUCGAUUCAACCGCCUCCUGCGUCUGCCACGUCUUUUUGAUCUGUUUGAACGUACAGAGACCCGAACAGGCUACCCCAACGCUUUCCGUAUUUGUAAACUGGUUCUGUACAUCCUGGUCAUCAUCCACUGGAAUGCCUGUGUAUACUACAGCUUCUCUAAGGUCCUGGGCCUGGGCUCGGACUCAUGGGUUUAUCCCAAUGCCUCAGACCCAGAGUUUGGAUCUCUGAGCAGAAGUUACAUAUACUGUCUGUACUGGUCCACUCUGACACUGACCACUAUUGGAGAGACACCACCUCCUGUUAGAGAUGAAGAAUACUUGUUCUUGAUAUUUGACUUCCUGGUUGGUGUCCUGAUUUUCGCCUCCAUUGUGGGAAAUGUUGGAUCCAUGAUCUCUAACAUGAAUGCCACCAGAGCUACUUUUCAGGGCCGUGUAGAUGGGCUGAAACACUACAUGCACUUCAGACAUGUCAGCAAGGUGCUAGAGCAACGUGUCAUUCACUGGUUCGACUACCUCUGGACCAAUCAGAAGACAAUAGAUGAACAGGAAGUGCUUAGGAGCCUGCCGAGUAAACUUCGAGCAGAGAUUGCUAUUAAUGUUCACCUGGAGACACUGAAGAAGGUGCGUAUUUUCCAGGACUGUGAGGCAGGCCUCCUAGUAGAGUUGGUGUUAAAACUUCGACCACAGGUGUUUAGUCCUGGAGACUACAUUUGUAGGAAGGGGGAUGUGGGUAAGGAGAUGUAUAUAAUUAAAGAUGGCCGCCUGGUAGUGGUGGGAGAGGAUGGAGUCACCCAGUUAGCUGUUCUAACAGCAGGGAGCUGCUUCGGUGAAAUCAGCAUCCUGAACAUCAGUGGCAGCAAGAUGGGGAACAGACGUACAGCUAACAUUCAGAGUCUGGGUUACUCCGAUUUGUUCUGCCUUUCCAAACAAGACCUCAUGGAGGCACUUCAAGAGUUCCCUCAUGCCCGGGCCCAGCUGGAGCAAAGGGGAAGGGAUGUCCUGCGGAAGGAGGGGCUUUUGGAGGAAGUGAAUGUAUCUGCGGGGGAGGAGCUAGAGGAGAAAGUGGAGCGACUGGAAACCAGUCUGGAUCGGAUGCAGACAUGCCUGGCCCGUCUGCAGAGCGAGUUCAACUCUUCCCAGCUGAGAAUGAAGCAGCGAAUCACGGUGCUCGAACACAACAUCUCAACAGUAGCCUCAGGCAGUGGCUUCCUGUCAGACGGCAACGACAGCGCCUCUGGUGGCGAGGGUGUGCGCAGUGAAAUCAACAUCCGGCUCUGAGUGAAACGCUCCAGCUAUUGAAACGUCACACCACGUCUUUAUUGUCACAAAACCCUGACUGUGUUUCUUUUAUAUAACCACAGAAUUUGGAACACAAAAGAAAGGUAAACACAGACCUGAUAUAUGUCCUCAAGUAUGAAUUAAAGAGGAUGGCGCUGAGGACGGCUGCCGUGUCUUAAGCUCCCCCACAGCUCUGCUCCUUUUUCUGCUUUUUUGUUAUGUAUUCUGCUUUAUUAUUUUUUGCUUUUGUAAUAUUUUGUGCAUUGCUAGAAGAGAGCCUGAGACCCAAGCAUUUCAUUGCUAGCGACUGCUCCGUGUGAUUGUUCUGCACGUGAUAAUAAAGUCUUGAAUCUUGAAUCCACUAGGCGGCAUGAAGUCUGAGUGCUGGUUAUAAUCUGACUGCUAUCAGGCCUUAUAAAGAUAUUUAAAAACAUCAUAUACUUAAACUUCUCCCAUUACGAUCAUUUGAUCGAGCUGCUAAUCUAUCAUAUAACAUCUUAUAUGACCGGAUCAAUAUUUUUCAUCAUUCUAUAUUUUUGAUGUCCCUCAUAACUCAAGACUAGCUGUUUAUAUUUGAAUCCCAAAGUGUUUUUGUCUUUUUACGCCCUCAAGUUUUGUCCCUUUUAUUUCGUAGCCCAUCUGCUCUAAUUGAGAAGAACAAUGUAGAGGAUGUAAAGGUUUUCAUUUGUGUCUUACUGACUUUAUGAUUAUAGCCAGUGCUCCUUGAGUCGAAUAAAAGUGGAAAUGUUUUCUUCUUUGAAAAAACGCUCCUCCCUUUGAAAAUGUGUCAAAAUAUUUUAGCUUAAUUGUAUAUGAACAGCUUCAUUAUUAGAAUACUAUUAAAAACAUUGUUAAGUUUUGAACACAU